AUGUCCUCCGGAGAGGUGCCAUAGGAGAAGAAGACAUUAUUUUCCACUCUGGUUCAAAAGAAAUAGGCAGAGACUGAUGCAUAAAAGAUCCAAAAUAGGAUACUGUAAUUAAAAAUGGAGCAUGAGAAGAUUUUGAAGCACAUUCAAUAGGAUGAACAGAGAGCUGAAGAAAUUUAUCGUCAUAGAGUAGAAAUCUAAAUGAAGAAAGAAAAUAAAAUGAAAUAGAAAUAAGCAUAGCCACCUCCAUUCUCAUUGGCUGUUUCUCAUCAUCAAAGAGAAUUGUUGAAGAAAAUAAAGGAGGAUGAGUUAAACAAAAAGAAGUCUGAAGCUAAGAUUUUUAGAGAACAAUUAAAGUAGGAAUUCAAGAGCGUUUAAUUAUAGAAAAGUUUAGAACAGGAAGGAUGUCGCAUUAAGGCUAUUUAAGUGAAAGAAGAGGAGAGGCAAUCGACUUAAUUGGCUGUUGCCAAAUUAAAGUAGAAGAGAGAGAGAGUAAGAUAUGAAAUAGAAAACGAAAAAGAUAGAAUAGGAAAAGAAAAGGAGUUAUAUGAUUUAAAAAUUUAGGAAUUAGAAUAACUUGAACAAUUGGCUAUGAUGGAACUUCAAAAUUCGAUAGCCAGAUAGCAGAAGGCUUAGGAGAAGAUUUAAUAAGCGCAGAAACUAUCACCCAGCGAUUACGAAAAACAGCAGGGGCCACAUAAUGAUAUAUAUUAAUAUUUUAAUAUGCUUAACGAAAGUUUAGAAUCUGAUAAGGAGCUCGACCCAGAAAGAGAAAGACAAAGACUAAUGCUCAAGAGAUAGAAGUCAAUUGAGGAGAGUCUCUAAUUAAGUGUGAAAGAUCAUAUCAUUAAAUUGGAAAAUUACUUGGUUGAAUUGAAAAAAGACCUCGAAAACAGCAAAAAGGAGAUGUCUAAUCUAAGAAUGGACAUUGCUACUGUAAAGAAUACUCAUGGGACCAUGAGUGAUGAUCUUACUACUUUUAUACAAAAUGAUGCCAAAAGAGUGUUAAAUGAGACACUCAAAAAAUCUUAAGAUGCUUAACACGAUAGUGAAUUUUUGGAUGCUCAACUAAAUGUAUUAAAAAGUGAUAAAGAUAAAUUACAAGAUGUUACAUCUACAUUAGAAAAAAGAAUUGUUUCAUGUGAGACUGAUGUUGGAUUUAAACAUGUCUAUGAUUGA